UCUCUACCUUCUGGUGAAAGCCCAGCGCGCUUCUCUCCCACGGCCGUAAAGGACUGGCAGCCUAGGAGAAAAUCUGUCUCCAAUGCCUGCGAGCGCUGCCGAAGGAGGAAGAUCCGCUGCGACGGCGAGACUCCAUGCGCAACGUGUAAGCGCUUUGCAGUGCAGUGUAUAAGAACGCAGAAACCGAAAGAGGUCGUGGCAUCUGAACAUCGAGAGGCUCUAGAAGGACGAAUACACCAACUCGAGGCACAACUAGCCCGGCAUGUCAAUGCCCCCAUGCACGGAAUGGAGUCGAUUGACCAGAACCUCAUGGCCAGCACUCCAACCUCAUUCGACUGGUCUGUCGGGGGUGGCAGCAGCACCGGAUCCCAUCUGAACCUCGACACCAGCAUCCCCGCAACCUUUACCGCCGACGACCUGGACCUGGGCGCCUUCUCCGCGCGCAGCGGCAGCAUGCCCUCAAUCGCCAUAGACGAAUGUGAGCCUUUCCCCAACCUCUCCUCGCCGUCUUCACCAGUACCUUCAUUAUGGUUAGGUACCACGCGUGCCUCGUCUCCCGACUCCAUGCCUUCAGGGCCGCCACCACCACCCUCGGCCAGCAGCCUCUCCAACUACACCACCCCAUCCUCAUACUCUGGCCAGCGCCCAUCAACAACCUCACCCCUACCCUCGGGAGAAAUGCACAUAGCCCCCUCGUGGGAAUUCAUGGCACACCCCCACCUACCCCCUUCCCAACUGCACCCACCACCCACCAACGCUCCCCUAUCCCGCCCCGCCCACUCGCGCAAAACAUCCGCCUCGUCCCUCUCCGCCGGCAGCACCGACCAAACCAUGUCUCCCAUCCCUGAAAUCGACGACGACCUCCUCCCCCUCGCCCCGGCCCCCCGCCUCCCCCGCCAGGGCAUCUUCGCCGCCCGCAGCGCCGAAAGCCCCGGCCCAUCCUCGUCGCGCUCCAGCUUCACGGACCGCAGCCGCGCCCUCGCCACCACCCCGCUGCCCUCGCGCUUCGAGGCCGAAACCCUCACCAACGAAUUCAUCCGCCACCUCGAGUCGCUAGACUACAAGCCCUACUCGCUUUCUCCCCUCCUCUUCGCCCGCUUCUGCGAGGCCGUCUAUCCAAAUCCGACGCCUUCGUCCGCUAUAGACCUCUCCGUUACCAUGGCUAUGGCCAGGUUUCAUGUCUUUCUCGCAAUGGCCAUUGCCAUGAAGGUUAGGAUCAGGGAUGCCCCUGAGCAGACUAAUGCCUUGCUCGAGACGUGCUAUGAGCUCGCCAUGCAGCAGACCGCGUCCUCGACUUUUUGGCAGGAGGCUGGUGCUAUGGAGGCGGCACAGUUGCUUGCGCUUUUUGCGGCGUUGAGGAAGGGUGGGGGAAGGGAAGAGGUGGGUUUGAGGCAUUCGUUUUCGUGGUAA